GUAGUGGGGUAGUCGGUGCGCGUGGGAGGAAGAACGACGGUCCAGUGAAGUUCGGGAAGUCGAGGAGCGCAGACGCGUUGUGCGCUGCGCCGUUUCUCGUAAUCUAAUAAUAACAGUAUUAACAAUCAGCGACGACAGCAGGCGACAAUUGACAACGAUAACGAUUUUUAAACGACGUGACGACGUUAGCAAUCGCAAUUAGCUGUGGCGUGAUAGUGAAAUCGGCGGGAAAAGGCUCGCGAUAACAGAGGUAAUCGCGUGCGUCGCGGCUAUCUGUGAAAAAUUCCGAGGAGAUAGAGGUGCCUCCUCUCUCUUUUUCUCUCUCUCGUUGCUGCAGAUCAUUAUGUUGACACGAACGAGCGCCUGAUGAUAGAAAGAGGGCGAAGUGGGUGGUGAGGAUAAGCGGAAGGGACUAGAGUGCCGACGGAAGCCUGAUAUGCCUUGUCGCGAGUGAGGGUGUUGAUUUUCUCGACUUUUCCAAAGAAGAGAGAAAAAUUGGACAAUCUCUGGACCUGGUGAGGUAAAACCGCGACAGGGACGUAGAUCGGUCCGGAGCGAGAAGGGACUAAACGCGUAAGAGUAAGAGUGUCGUCGGGGAGGGAUGCCUACGAAGGGGGAGAGGGGAAAAGCGACGGACUUCAGCAUCGCGGCCAUCAUGGCGCCCGGGGGUCCGUCCUUCGGGCAUUACCACCUGCAGGGCAUCGGCAACGCUGCUGCCACCGCUGACACCAACCUGGAAUGCCCGACUGGCAAGGGAUUCGUGGCUGAUUCGACGCUGGAUCAUCGUGUUCGUGCGUCGCCAGUAAACAUUGUCGCGACAGCGACAGUUGUAACGGAGGAAGCUCUUCUCGGCGACGAGGAGACCGAGAAUUGCGAAAGCGAGUCCGCCAAGUCCGGGAAUGAAGACGACGAGGAGGUGGAUGUCGACGUGGAAGAGUGCAGCAGCGUCGACGACGGACCGGUCCACGGAGUGCUGGCCGACGAUAUCGUCGGCAUCGGAAAGUCGUCCUCGCGGAAGUGCAGUACGGAUGGAUGUAACACGGACGAGAAGAAGCAGCAGCAGCGUCUGAGGACCAGCUGCAACUCUGACGAUCUACGUGACGUCGAGUGCCGACUCGACACCAAGGAGCUCUGGGACAAGUUCAACGACCUCGGCACGGAGAUGAUCAUCACGAAGACCGGCCGACGAAUGUUUCCAACGUGCCGGGUAGUCUUCAGCGGACUUAAGUCUGAAGGUCGUUACGCAGUGUUGAUGGAUAUUGUGCCGGUCGACAAUAAGAGGUAUCGAUACGCCUAUCAUCGUAGUUGCUGGCUAGAGGCUGGCAAAGCGGACCCGCCGGCGCCCGCGCGACUUUACGUUCAUCCCGAUUCCCCCUUCAUCGGCGACCAGUUGCUGAAGCAAAUCGUCUCCUUUGAGAAGGUGAAGCUGACCAAUAAUGACAUGGACAAACAUGGUCAGAUCGUGCUCAACUCGAUGCACAGGUAUCAGCCAAGGAUACACUUGGUCCGCUGUCGACACACCGACGACAGCAGUCUGCACAUCACCGACCUGCAGAAGGAGGAGCACAAGACGUUUAUCUUCCCAGAGGCCAUUUUCACCGCCGUCACGGCGUAUCAGAAUCAGCUGAUAACGAGACUGAAGAUCGAUAGUAAUCCGUUCGCCAAGGGUUUUAGAGAUUCGUCGAGACUCACCGACUUUGAUAGAGAUCCCAUGGAACUCAUGGAGCAGCAAUUGGUGAGAUGCGGCGUCACCCCGAUGAGACUCUACGAGCACCUCGCUAUGUCGUCGUCACCGGCGGCAGUGGUCGCGGCACUGGGUGCUCAACAGCAGCAGCAGCAGUCGCAACAUCAUCAGCCGACUACGCAGCAACAGCAACAGCAGCAACAAUUAAACGAGAACGCGUUAUCGCCCUGGCUGUCGCCGUCGACGGCGCUUUUGUACGGCGCGAGGGGUGCCGCCGGCUCACCCUCGCCCUAUUCCAGCGCCGCCGCCGCCGCCGGCUUCUCGUACUCGGCGGCGCUGCCGUGGCCCUGGCAACCACCCCCAGUCGCGAUGAUCUCGCGACGAUCCUCUCCCACCGCCUCCACAGUAGUCAGGUACGCGCCCUAUCCGCCGACGGCCAGUACACCCCCGCCGCUGCGGACACGCCCGUGCACCCCCAAUUAGCGAACCCCGCCGACUCGUUGACCCCGUGGUCAUCGUUCCUCCUCCAUUUGUCUGUGAUCGUGAAACCGGAAUAUCGGAACUAUUCCGAUAUAGCCGAGCGCGCGUUUGAUCGUUGUAAAGAUUCGGAUAACGCGAUGUGGAAGUAAAGUGACACUUUGUUGAAUGACACUUCUUCACAGCUGUUAUAUGCUUAUAUGCGAGUAUAUGGAAGUUUUAAAUCCAAU